AAGUGCAAAAUUAAUUAGUCAGCAGCAGCAGCAGCUGGAGAAGGAGCUGGCAGCAGGGCAGGAGAAGGAGCUGAAGAAGGAGCUGGAGCAGGAGCAGGAGCUGGGCAACCGGCAUUCGAUGCAGUCAACGCCCCAAAAAUUGAACGCCGCCAAAUGAACGAAUGGUGGUGAUCCUUCUACUAGCGCCAUGCACAUGCAGCCAAAGCAGCAGCAGCAGCAGCAACAACAACAACAACAAGAGCAACAACAACAACAAGAGCUCCUCGCCGGGCAGCAGCAGCAGGAGCAGGAGCAGCAGCAAUGGCAAUCGCUCCUCAUCGGCAUCCACCGGCAUUACGGCCAUUCCAGCCAGCUUGUAUCGCCAGCCCGCCGCCGCCGCCCCCCCUCCUCCUCAUCAUCCACCUUCGCAGCAUCGCUGGCCUAGUCAUAGUCAUAGCUACCAGCCGUCAAAGCCACUGCCAGCGGCCGCCAAUGCUGUGCCAAAGCCGCCGCGCAGUUAUCUACAUGGCCACGCCCCUGGCUAUGGACACGCCCCUGCGCCGCUGGUCUUUCGCAUCUACGCGCAGGCACAGCCUCAGCCACAGCCUCAGCCACAGCCACAUCCUCGGGCACAGCCUCAGCCACAGCCACUGCCUCAGCCACCUGCCCGCUUUACUAACAAGAAUAACAAACAAAUUAGAAAGAAUUCGAGUGCGGACUAUGUGCGUCACGUGACCCGCGUUAAUUUCUACGACGUUGAUACUUCGCAGGUCGAAUUCGAGCCCAAAGAUGAUGACGAGAGCAACGAGGCAAUUGCGAACGAUUGCGAUACAGAAGCUUUAACCAAAGAAGAGGAAUGGAUAACGAAGCGCAAAACGGAGCUAACGACAACAAGACAAAUCGAGACGCGCGUAAAGCGGCAGGUGAAGCUGCAGGAUGGCAAAGUGAUCGAGGACUCUGGCCCGAUUGUCUCCACCAACACCACCGAGGACACGGACAAACAGGAAACGGAAACAACCGAGAAACGCGACCUGGGCCUGCCCGACGAACUGGAUGGCAAGGCGCAGCUUAUAGACGCCGCCGCGCUGCAGGCGGGCGCCGUCAACGAGACGCAGCUGGCCCAGCUGCAGGAGGCGUUCGGCAUCGAUGGCGGCAAGCUGGUGCGGCGCAUGGUGCCGCGUCCCGUCGACGGGCUGGUGCGUCAGAUCGACGACAAGCGCACCAUUUCGCACGAGGAGAUCAAGGACUAUCAGGAGACGCAGGACGUCAAGCAUUUGGGCGACUUUACCGACGAGACCUACGUGAAGGCCGUUCGGGAGGGUGUUGAGGAUCUUGAGGCGGUUCUCUGCUCGCCGGAGAGUCAGCAGCAGUUGGUGGCGCUUGGGCCGCAGCUGUUGGCGAAUACGAGCCGAUCGCGGAAGACCAUCGAUUCGGAGGAUACGCAAAAGCGUUGCCUCGCCCAAGAGGACGGCACACUGGUAACCGAAAGUAAACGGACUACCGAGCACGAGAUAAUACUUGACGGCGACGAGCCGGAUCUGGCAAACCGGACGCCGACGUCCGGCAAUGAGCUUGCGGACCGGCCCGUCGAACAGUUGACCACAACGGCGGCGAGUCAACGAUUUUUCAAGCAGCGAGACGAACAGCAUGUCGAUCUGAUAGCCGACGGCAAAUUGGUCGCCACCGAGAUGCGCUACGCGGCGGAGCAGACCCAAAUGGAAAAGGACGGCUCCCUGGAGCGACCCGGCGACUGGGACAGCCUAUCGGAUCGCAUGCGCAAGCUGCGUCGCUCCCAGCAGCAGCAGCAGCAGCAGCAGCAAAAAGAGGUCGCACUGCUGGCGGAUCGCAAGGAUGCGCUGACCAAGCGGCCGCUCGACUUUGAUCGCGAGGAGGAGACGCGCAAGGGCGAGACGAUGAAAUGGCUCGAAUCGCAUUUUGGCAGCGAAUCGACAGCGUCCAACGAUUCCCGCGACGACGAGGCCAACGAGCUGGACGUGGAGCCAACCAAGAAGAGCUACUUCAAUGUGACCAUCAAAUCGCAGCCGACGUCGCAGCCGGCGGCGGCGGCGGCGUCGCCCGCUCUUGCAGCUGCCAAUACGCAGACGCUGCCGCGCAGCGCCGAACGUGAACGGGAGCGGGAACGGGAGCGGGAACGUCUGGCCACAACGCUCGAUCGGAAAUAUGUAAAGGAUGGACAGGUGGGUCGGCCCAAGUACUAUCAGGGCAUCUCGAACUGGGCGGAGCGGCAGGAGGCGCCGCCGCUGCUGCAGCAGCAGCAGCAGCACUUCUCCACGCAGGCAUUUCGCGAGGAUCUUCAGGAGACGAUACGCCGCAACGGGCUGAAGAAGAAGCAGCAGCAGCAGCUUGUAUCCAGCGACAGCUAUGUCAGCCGCGAGGAUAUAUUGCAGCAGAAGCGUCAGAGCUUGUCGUCACAGUUUCUGGCCAGAUCGGCGCGCGGUUCACGCGAUGCACUCGACGAUCUCGAUGCCAUACCGGGCCCCGCGCCGCCCCUCAUCCGUCAACAGUUGGUCGUGGCAGCGGCAGCGGCAGCAGCUCCUCUGCCGGCUUUGCGGCCGGAGGAGCCGUCGCUAAAGCGCGUGGCCUACGGUCAGGCGCAUGGCCAUGGACGCAGCAGCAGCAAUCCCAUUAACGGCCUGGCUGCACAUUCUCAUGCCAAUGGGCGUGGCAGAAGCUAUGAGCCGCAGACGCACACGCAGCCGCAGCCGCUGUCGGCGCCGGAGUUUGCGACAAGCAGCAGCAGCAGCAAUCUGGGACGGCCGACGGUGCCGCAGCGACGACGUGCCAUCGAGAAGAAGCUGGGCGAGCACAGUCACAGUCACAACCACGCCCACAAUCACAACCACAACCACGCCCACAGUCACGGGCAGUCCGUGAAGCUGGCGGGGCACACACAGCUGGAGCCGCCGCCGGACUACUCGCCGCCGCCGCGCAGUCGCAGCCGCAGUCGCAGUCGCUCCUCCUCGCCGCAGGUGGACUAUAUGCAUCCGGAGCCGCCGCCGUCGAGCAGCAGCCUCACGCUCAGCCGCAAGCAGCAGCAGCGCACCAGAUUUGCGCCCGCCGCCGCGACCAGCAGCAGCUAUCCGCGUCCGGGCAACAGCUCGGCGAACUCCAACUCGAAUCUGUCCACGCUGAGCGCCAGCAAGCCGAGUAAAAUGGGCCAAGUGAUUGGCAAUUCGUUGCGCAAGCUGGUCAGCAAAAUUCGUUCAGCGAGCGCCGAGCGCAAGUUUCGCAUGAAAAGCGCCGCCAAUGGCAAAUCCCGUGAACAGUCGCCCACAAAGCAGCCCGCCCAGCAGCCGGCGGCGGCACAGGGCGUGGCCACCUAUCAGCAAUACAAUGUGAUUGACGGGCAUAUUGGGGGCAACGGAUCGGAACAGUCGGAGACGCCGUCGAGCCUGUCGGCGCAGCAGCAGCCAAAGCAGCCGGCGCCGGCGGGGGGCGAGGAGCUGGCGAUGAGUCCGCGCCAGCGCUACUAUCUGGGCGAGGAUCCCUACUCGAGCACGCUGUACGGCAAGGAGAACAUCUACGAGCGGAAUCGCCAGCAGACGCGACAGCGCUACGAGGCCGAGGAUUACUAUGAGACGCGUGCGCUGCCGCUGCCGACGCCGGCGCCGACGUCGACGACAACAACGACGCUGGGUCGCUAUCAGAAGCACGGUCAGCGCUUUAGCGGCUCGACGCCCAAUCUGCACGUGCAGCCGGACUAUCGGCAUGCGCAGACGCUGCCGCGCAAGCUGCACGAACCGGCGCCAUAUCGGGCGCAACGUUAUCCCCAGACGCUGGAGAAGAUCGGCGGCGGCGGCGGCGGCGGCGGCGGCGGCCGGCGACAGAUCGGCCAGACGCAGCCGCCGGCAAGGGAAUCGGAGCUGGGUCCCGCCAAGCCGGCGCGCACCUAUGCCAAGGUCCUAAAUCGCAGCAAGAGCUUCAAUGUGCACGGCAUGAACGGCGGCAACGAUCCCAGUCCCAUCUACAUCGAGAAGCUGACCAGAAACAAUUACACCAGCAGCCGCCACGAGCAGACGUCGCCGUCGCCGUCGCCCUUGCAGUCGCCGUUGCAGUCGCCGUUGCAGUCGGCGUCGCAGUCGCAGGCAUACAAAUCGAAUCCGCAUCUGUAUGCGGGGGGCGGCAAGGAUAACUCGCUGAGGAGCGGCCUGAAGAGUCCGUCGAUUGUGAACCUGAUCAGCCGCAGCCAAAAGGAUCUGACCAAAAUAGUUGCCAAUAGCAACGAGGAGGAAGAUGAUCUCCAUGUCAACAAGAAGCAGCUAUAUUUGCGCAAUCUGCACCAGCAGGCGCCCGAUCUCUAUCGGGUGCUCCAUGGCGAUGGCGAUGGCGACGACGAUGAUUAUGGCCAGCGCAGCCGCAAAUAUCCGUUGCAGCCAAAAUAUUCGCUAGACUCCAGAUCGCCGCCGUUGCCCGUCGAGCUCAACAAGGAUACGGCGAGCAUUGUCCGACGCAGCAGCGAUGACAGCAAGCGUCUGCUCUAUGCCGACGAGCAGCAUCUACAGCAUCAUCAUCAUCUCCAGCAGCAUCAGCAGCAUCAUCAUCAUCAUCUCCAGCAGCAGCAACAUCAUCAUCAUCAUGUCCAGCAGCAGCAGCAGCAGCAGCAGCAGCUGCGUCGCGGCUCCGGCGCCACAAUCAUUGAGCUACGCCAGCGCAAAUGAUGCCUUUGCCUUUGCCUUUGCCCUUCCCAUGCCCAGCAGCUAUCUCCCUCUCCCUCCCUCUCUCCCUCUCUCUCUCUCUCUCUCUCUCUCUCUCUCUCUCACUCGCACUCUGUGCUCUCGCUCGCCUUCCCACUUCUAGCUAAAUUCGUCUACUCACACAGCUCCCUCAACAGUUUUGCAUAUUUUUAGCGGAUUUGGCUUCUUUUUUUCUUUUGGGCAUCUCAAUUCGAGUAGCUACUUUCCAGCUAAAUUCGUCUACUCACACAGCUCCCUCAACAGUUUUGCAUAUUUUUAGCGGAUUUAGCUUUUCUUUUUUAGCAAUUAGAGUAGCUACUUUCCAGCUAAAUUCGUCUACUCACACAGCUCCCUCAACAGUUUUGCAUAUUUUUAGCGGAUUUAGCUUCUUUUUUUCUGUUGGGCAUCUCAACCAGAGUUGGGCGUGGAAAAAACAAAUACUCUUUUUUUUU